UAUUGUCAUUAUUAUAAUAGUCAUAUAUUAUCCUAUCAUAUAUCCCUUCAGGCUGAAUCUUACUCAUCGCAUCUUCUUCACUCACACCAGCCAACCUCAUGUCCUCUGUCUGCACAUCCAUAUAUCUCCUCCUUGGUUGUCCUCUUGUCCAUCCUUCUACCAAUAUAUUCAGUAUCUCUCCUCUGCAUAUAUCCAAACUAUUUCAGUCUGGCCUCUCUGACUUUGUUGCUAAUGCAGGCAACGUGAGCCAUCCUUCUGAUUAGCUUGUUUCUGAUUCUGUCCAACCUCGUCAAUCCUAAGGAGGCAUCUUCAUCUGUGCUCCAUCUCAUCCUCUUGUCUCUUCCAUAUUAUCCUAUUAUAUAUACUAUAGUAAUUAUGAUAAUAACAUAGUCCUAAUGUCACAUUAUGCAUAUUUUUCUAUUCAGUGCCUGGUGUUGAGAUUGGUUUAAGGGAAUUAUGUUUUCUACAUGCAGAUUUUUAUGUUCCUGCUUGUUACAAGAGAAAAAGUUUGGAAAGAGGAUGAUGAGCCUUUACAGUGCUUAUGAGACUUUGCAGAGAUGUCACCAUAUAGUCUUUAAAGUGGAGGAAUGGGAUGUAGUGAGUGCAGAGCUGCUUCCAGAAGCCACAAACAUUAACUCAGAAUAAUUAAGCUAAAUGAAGCUUUUUUUUUAAAAAAUUAUAGUUGAUUUCUAUUUAAUCUUGUGAACGUAUAUGGUUGUUAUACAACUGUCCUGCCUUAAAGUGCCACUCGGGGAUGAAGUUUCUUUGAUUUGAUUUGAUUUUGAUUAACAGGUUUUAUUCUGUUAUUGUUGUUUUGACCCCCUUGUUUGUUGUGUGUUUAUGACCUGUCUCUUUUUUUGUAUGGCAGCAUGGUGGUGUAGUCGUCUAAAAGCAAGAAGGUCCUGGAUUCGAUUCAAGACUCUGUGUGUGUUCCCCUUCAUGUUUUCGGUUGACUGCAGUAAAUGAAGGAAAUACUGGCAGUUUCGAUCACAGACCAGCAGAUGGAAGUAAAAACAUUAAUUUAAGGAAAAGCUGCUGUGGACGAUUAAUCACACUUCUUGUAAACUGCCUAACGCGAAAUUAGCCUUUAAUCGCAGUUUAUUGUUAAAUCACUGAAUACAAGUUACCUACAUGCAUAAAAAGCACAUUUUCUUCUUAAGGAAUUGUGGCAUGGGUAAAUUGGGUAAACAUGCAAAAAUGUAAUUCAUGUAAGAAAAAUGUUUGUGGGCAGUCCUUUCCUUUUCUAUCAGGCACCGCAAAUUGGUACCCAGAAGGGUCCUGAACACAACACACGUGUUUCGUGCGCCGUAACCAUGGCGGACCUGCAGAUGAAGCUUCUCCGCAAGAAAAUUAACAAAAGGAAUCAAAGAAACAAAGAGCGCAAACUACAAGCGAAGCGAACAGAAGACGAGAAAAUCUCUGUUUUUAAUGAACACGGGGAGUCCACUAAAAAACUGAAGAAGAAUGGGCUACCAGGCGAAGAGACAGCCACCACGCAGCAACCUCUGAAGAAGAAGAAAAAGAAGAAGAGGAAGCUCACUGACUGUGCAGAAUCAUCAGUUGGGAAGAAGAUCAAAACGAUGGAAGAAACCCAGGAGGAGGGGGAAAUGGAGCAAUCUGCAGCAGCCGAUGAAGAUGGUGAAGAGGCUACUGAUGAAGCUGCAGAAGAAGAGGAAGCUUCAGAAGGAGAGGAUGAAGAUGAUCAACCUGAAUUACCGUCAGGGUUAACAGGAGCAUUUGAGGACACAUCAUUUUCCUCCCUGGCUGGCCUUGUGAGUGAGAACACUCUGAAAGCAGUACAGGAGAUGGGCUUCCAACACAUGACUGAGAUCCAGCACAAAAGUAUACGUCCCUUGCUGGAAGGAAGGGACGUGUUGGCUGCAGCCAAGACGGGCAGUGGUAAAACCUUAGCCUUCCUCAUUCCGUCAAUAGAGCUCAUCUACAAACUCAAGUUCAUGCCCAGGAAUGGCACAGGUAUAGUCAUCCUUUCACCCACACGUGAGUUGGCAAUGCAGACCUACGGUGUGCUGAAGGAACUGAUGAAACACCACGUGCACACAUACGGUCUGAUCAUGGGCGGCAGCAACCGCUCUGCAGAGGCUCAAAAACUGUCCAACGGUGUCAGCAUCCUGGUGGCCACACCUGGACGUUUACUGGACCACCUGCAGAAUACGUCUGACUUUAUGUACAAGAACCUCCAGUGCCUGAUUAUUGACGAGGCUGAUCGUAUCUUAGAGGUUGGCUUCGAGGAGGAGCUGAAGCAGAUCAUCAAAUUGCUGCCCAAGAAGAGACAGACCAUGCUUUUUUCAGCCACUCAGACACGUAAGGUAGAAGACUUGGCUCGUAUCUCCCUGAAAAAAGAACCUCUGUAUGUUGGGGUGGAUGAUGACAAGGACAAAGCAACUGUUGACGGCCUUGAGCAGGGAUAUGUGGUGUGUCCAUCAGAGAAACGCUUCCUGCUUCUCUUCACUUUCCUGAAGAAGAAUCGGAAGAAAAAGCUAAUGGUCUUCUUCUCCUCCUGCAUGUCUGUGAAAUACCACUAUGAGUUGCUCAACUACAUCGACCUGCCUGUCAUGGCCAUCCAUGGCAAACAGAAGCAGACCAAACGUACAACCACCUUCUUCCAGUUCUGCAAUGCUGACACUGGCAUCCUCCUGUGUACAGAUGUGGCAGCUCGAGGCCUGGACAUCCCUGAGGUGGACUGGAUUGUUCAGUAUGACCCCCCAGAUGACCCAAAGGAAUACAUCCACAGGGUGGGCAGAACAGCCCGAGGACUCAACGGACGAGGCCAUGCGCUUCUUAUUCUGCGACCAGAGGAACUUGGCUUCCUACGUUUCCUCAAACAAGCCAAGGUCCCAUUGAGUGAGUUUGAAUUUUCCUGGAGUAAAGUCUCAGAUAUCCAGUCCCAGCUGGAGAAGCUAAUUGAGAAGAACUACUACCUCCACAAGUCGGCUCAAGAAGCCUACAAGUCCUACGUGAGAGCGUAUGAUUCCCACUCGCUCAAACAGAUCUACAGUGUCAACACCCUCAACCUCCCAAUGGUGGCAAUGUCCUUUGGCUUCCAAGUUCCUCCAUAUGUUGAUCUGAAUGUCCACAGCAGUAAAGGGGCCAAGUUACAAAAGCGAGGUGGUGGAGGCGGGUUUGGAUACCAGAAGUCCAAGGACGUGCACAAAUCCAAAAUUUUCAAACACUUCAACAAAGGCAAGAGCGAGAGGAGGCAGUUCUCUCGCUAGGUCGUCAAGGACGGAUUGCUCCAGCGUAUUCUCUGCUUCAAACAGAGCUCCAUCCAGGUGUAUGUGGGCAACUCAUCUGAUAUUAAACCUUCUCCCCAGACAUAAUUUACAUAUACAUGUAAUCAAACAUUAUGGACUAAGAUAAACUUUGUGUGUCCCUCGAUGUAUAAACAACUUGGAUUUCUAGUAUUUUGGAUCAGAUGAAAAGUAUUAAAGAUCCAUGUUGGCUAUGUUUAAACGUUUAUAUUCAAAAUGUUCCCCCAUAUAUACAAAGCAAAGACAUGAGGUGCUGAUUUACUUUUUAUUAUCAGAUGAAUUAGAAUUUACAUUAAUGCAUCGUAAAAACCCUGCAAUGCAUUGUCUGCUACAGGUACACAAAUAAAAUAUACAAACAUUUGCAUUUCAA